GCCUCUCUGUGCGGACCGAGCCCGGGCGACGGGGAGCGGGCCUCCGCCGCGCGUGCACGUCACGGGGUGCUGCGGCCCGGGCGCGCGCACGGCCGGGGCUUCGCUUGGCUUCCCGGGGGAGGGGGAGAGAGAGAGAGGGAGAGGGGAGAAUGGUUGCCGCUUACACACUGCAAAUGCAAAGAAUAAAAUGCAGCAUGUGGGAGCGGGUGAGGGAGAGGCGGCCGCUGCACGGUUUAUGAAAUAGACAACACACUGCAGAACAAAGCGAGGCGCUGCGGGACGGGACGGUGCAGACACAGACUGCAAGAUGCCGCGCUAGCGCUGCUCGCACGGAGUUCCGCUCGGAUACCUUCCAUGGCGGCUGCGGACCAUGUCUAAAUACGAGGACGAGCUGGCCGUGCAGGCGACCUUCCUGCAGGACUUGUCUCUGUACGAGCCGGCCAGCGACGGCCCAUACCGCGGGCGGCGGGAACUGCUCUGUGGCCCCGGGCUGGAAGAGACAAAGCGGACAUUCCUGCUGCAGAUGAUGCCCGGACCCCCGCACCACGUCCUGCCGCUGCAAGUGCCGGAGGCGGCGGCGGGCAGGAUGAACGGCACCGGGGCCUGCGGAGAGCCCCACGACCGCGGCCUGGGAACUUACUGCAAACUCUCAGCAGCGCCCCGGGCUGGCAACGGGAACCGCGGCGGGACGGAGGCGGCGGCGCAUCGGGGGGAGCUGGGCGGCGAGCCCGAGCCACCAGGCUGCUACCUGAAGGGCCCGGGGACGGCUUACGGCGCGGAGAACCGGCGCUUUAGCGGCGGGGUGCUGUACUGGGAGGCGGGCCCGGCCUGCGGGCGGCACGGAGCGGGCUACACGCUCUUCCCCGGCGCCAGCGCGGCGGCGGCCGCCAGAGGCAACAGUGUGUCGGCUCCUAGAAGCAACAACGUGUCGGCUCCCAGAGGCGGCAACAACGUAUCGAGCGGCCGCGGCGGCGGUAACAAUGUGUCCAGUCCCCGCUCCAGCCUGGCCUCCGCCUCCUCGUCUUCCUCCAACUCCACGCAGGAGCAGAGCAGCAAACAGCCCAGCCCCCGCUCCAGCCUUCACCCCAGCCCCCGCUCCAGCCUUCACCCCAGCCCCCGCUCCAGCCUGGUGCUGGCGGCCCACGACAAGUACCCGAGCCCGCGGACCAGCCUGGCCGGCUACGAGGGCGGCGGCCUCAGCUCCCGCUCCAGCUACGCCAGCACGGCGAGCGACACCAGCAAGCACUCGAGCCCGCGGGCCAGCCUGAACGAGGGCGGCGGCGGCAGCGGCAGCAGCCGGCCCAGCAGUAACCGCACCAGUGGCAUCAGCAUGGGCUACGACCAGCGGCAUGUCAGCCCGCGAUCCAGCUACUCGGACGGCCGCUUCCCGCAGGCCGACGCCGACGGCUCGGGCCCCAGUGCCCGUAGCAGCAUCUCCAGCCACAGCUCCCGCGGCUCCAUCAGCGCCGCUUACCCCGACCUGCAGCUGCCCUCGCCGCCGCCGCCCGGCCUCCCGGAGGCCUACACCGGCCCCGACAUCCAGCCGCCCUGCGCCGGCGAGACGUGCUGCUACCAGCGACAGGCGGCCGGCCCGCUCCCCGAGGCCGCAUCCGUCCAUCCAUACGGUUACAGCCCGGGUAAAGGUCCGGCCGCAGCGCACAAGAUCAGGCUGCCUUACCAGGUGACGCCGUGCCGGGACAGCGGGCCGAGCCAGGCCGAGAAGCGUCUUGAAGCGCUCACCCGGGAGCUGGAGAAGGAGCUGGAACUGCACGUUAAAAAGGAUUACUUCGGUAUCUGUGUGAAGUGCCGGAAGGGGGUGUACGGUGCCAGUCAGGCAUGCCAGGCCAUGGGCAAUCUCUACCACACCAACUGCUUCAUCUGUUGCUCCUGUGGGCGUCGGUUGCGGGGCAAGGCUUUCUACAACGUCAAUGGCAAGGUGUACUGUGAGGAAGACUUCUUGUACUCGGGCUUCCAGCAGACGGCCGACAAGUGCUUUGUGUGUGGACACCUAAUCAUGGAGAUGAUCCUGCAGGCUCUGGGCAAGUCCUACCAUCCAGGCUGUUUCCGCUGUGUGCUGUGUAACGAGUGCCUGGACGGAGUGCCCUUCACCGUCGACCUGGAGAACAACAUCUACUGCGUCAAGGAUUACCACACGGUCUUUGCCCCAAAGUGUGCGUCGUGUGGGCGCCCCAUCCUCCCAGCACAGGGCUCGGAGGAGACGAUCCGGGUGGUGUCGAUGGACAAGGAUUACCAUGUGGAGUGUUACCGCUGUGAGGACUGUGGGCUGCAGCUGAACGAUGAAGAGGCCCGUCGCUGUUACCCCCUGGAGGGGCAUCUGCUGUGCCAUAGUUGCCACAUCCGUCGGAUCAACGUGCCUCACCCGACCCAGCCACAGCCCCCCCCUGGCUACCAGCUUCAUGUCACCGAGCUGUGACCGGAGACCCUCGCGUCGGCCCCGAGGUGGGGGGGGGGGGAUUGUGGGCGGCUGCAGUGAGUCCCCCCCCCCCCCCCCCUCCCCUGUGUGCUGUGGCGCCCACUGUCUACAAACCUGCUGCCCUUUCCACCAGGGGGGAGGGAAUGGGGGGGGGGGGGGGGGGGGGGCCUGGACAUUACCAGCCAGCGAGAGACCAGGUGCCAACGUCUGACCUCCAGCCAGUGAGGCGCCCACACAUGUUCAAGGACCGACGCUGACCGUCUCGCCAGCCUGCGCUUUCUGACCAAGGACCUGCUUCAUCAGUUGCGUGACCAAAACCAAAAGCUGCCCCCUGUCGAGAGGAAGGCCGCCCUGUCAGACCCUGGAUCAUGUGACGUCACACACUCUGGACACGAGACCACCUCCAGCCUCGGGACCUCUGCACUUAUUAACAUGCCUUCCCAUUAACCCUCGCUCUGCCUCCGUCACCACUCACAGGCGUGUAGACUAUGCAAGAUAUCAGCGGCGGCCUAGCACCACCCCUCACGGGCAGUGGGGCCAACUUUGUAAUGUUUUGUAAUAGUUUUUUUUAAUGUAUGUCUUAUUUUCUAAUUGGAUGAUUCGGUACGUUUUUCUGUACUGGUUAUUGGACAGACUCCCUCCAUCUUGCCCCCUGCAUACUGACCCCUGACCCCAGCACACCGUCUCCCCUCUGCACUGCCCGCCCGCCCCCUCUACUCUUCCCCAACAGCCUGGUCCUGGACGACCUUCUGUGUUGGGAGGAGAGUCCACCUCCUGCCCCUGCAGCCCAGCUGGCCAGCGAUGUUCCAAGUGACUCCCCUCCCCCCUACCUGCUCCUUCAGCUUUCUAGACCCUUUCCCACUGCUCCCCCCCCCCCCCCCCCUUUUCUCUCCUUCCCCAGGUCACACAAGCUCCUUGUGCUGGCUCUAGAUGGUGGUGUCCUUCCACUCUCCUUGUUGCUCCUCCCUCCCCACGGUAGAGUGCCCCCUUCGUGGGGAUGGGGGGGGGGGUGUUGCACUCUACCACUGCCCCUUGGACACCCAUCCACCCCACCUGUGC